GAAAUGAACUUUGUUUUGGCAGCAGGAUUUUUUCCCCUGGCAGUUAAAACCAUCUAAAAACUUGAGCUGUCUCAGAUUUGUUUUCUGAAAGGUAUAGGAUGUAAAUAAGUACAACAUCUACAAAGAUACAAGCAAAAACUGGCAGAGAAAGAGAGUUAGGUUACCACCAGCAAAGGAGGGUCUGUCCAGCAAUGUCUGCUCGCCUGUCCUCCCGUAGUGAGAUGUAGCGCCAGUGGGGCCUGGGAUGGGAGAAAUGGCCACAGAGGGCUGGGCGCACAGCAUAUCACUUGUCUGGUGCAGCUGCCGUGUUUUAGCCUCAGUAUACAAGCCUUGCUGUUGUUUUGUUUUGUUUUGUUUGUUUGUUUUUUCCUUCAGCCAGUUACAGAAGAAGGAUGAGAAACUAAAUGCUGACUUGGAAGAGUUGAUGGAAAUGUUCACAGUUCUGCAAACACGUCAGAAGAGCCUGCUUUUAGAGAAGAACAAUUUGGCAGCUGAAAACCAAGCCCUGGAAGCUGAACUUAAAAAGGCACAGAAAAUAAAUAGGAAAUCUCGGAAGAAAAUUGAUCUCCUCAAAAAGCAGGUGGAGAAAGCCUGGGGAACGAAAUGUGUUCUCACCAAUACUUGGCAAACAUUGUUGACCUGGCAGAGAGCAUAACCCAGGAACGUGACAGUCUUAGGUUUUUGGCUACAUAUUUAGACAACGAGAAGAAUGGAGUCAUCAACAAAAGCAUAAAAAACAAAAUUCAACUUCGAAAGUUGGAGGAGCAGUUCAAGGGGUAUAAGAAGGAGACAGAGCUGAAGCUGGAAGACAUCUGGGAGCUCUUUGCUGGCCUGGCAGCUCAGUAUCAGCAGGAGGUGAGGCACCUCCACCAGAUGCUACGGAACAAGCAGGAGGUCCUGGACGAGGCACUGCAACAGAAAAGAAAAAUGGAAGGUGAACUUCAGGUUGUUUGGGAGUCCACCUCCGAGGAAAACCAAAGAAUCCGCCGCCUUCUGCAGGCCUCGCUGGGGAGGACAGACACGUGGGGCAGCAGCAGACCUCCGGAGGACGCCCGCCUCACCGGCAUCACUCAGGGAGACGUGUUGGAUGGCUUCUGUGCCCUGACACCUCCUGCCACCGCCCAGCAGAGUCUGCCGGAGCCCAUUGACUAGGCCCAGAGCCUGACAGCCAUGCCCUGCACUAGCCAGGAGGGGCGCCCUGUCCCCAGCAUGAGAGGCAGCCACUGCCAGGAAGAUGCAGAGUACUGCUGGGGACAUGAAGAGAAGACAUUGCAGGACGUUAGUCUGUUUUUAACAUUUUGCUUUAUUUUAAUAAUACUGCUGAAAAUUUACUGUCUCUCUCUCCUUUUUGUAACUGCUAAAAUAUUUCUUUUGUCGGUGUACUUCCCCUUGUCUGUGUUGCCACCAAGACCGGCUGGCUGUGUGAUACCCAUUGCUCAGGUUAGCAGUGGCCUGCUGUGCUGGCCUUCCUCCCAGCUCUUGAUCUACAGCUGGGGAAGGCCUGGAAGGCCGGAGGGGCAGGCUGAGCAGUCAUGCUGUGUGUCUGACGGUGAAUGGGAGGACAGGCCCCAGGGGAAGCAGCAGUCACGGCAGCUGGAUGCUCACUGAGUGUGGUGUCUUGUUCAGUGGAAUAACAAGCGCUAGUCCUGGGUAAGUCCUACAAAGCCUGUUCCGUCCUCUCUCCCCGCCCAUUUAUCCUGGGCCACAGAGGGCCCACCCCUUUGAGCAACAGGGUGGAAUCCCCGCCCCAACCUGGAAAGAUGCCAGGGGACCAUGGUGCUGUCCCACUGUGUGCCAUAUGUGCCACCCCUCCACCUUGCAGACCCACACACUGGGCCUUCUUGUGGGGACAUGCAGCUCUUGAGGGCCACUCACCUCAGCCUGCACAGGGCGCUAAGCUAUGGGGCGAGGGGCAGGUGCUGGGGCAUGUCCUUCCCCAGUCCCCUUGCAGGCAAUGCUGAGCCGGGAAGUAGGCCCCAGCGCAGGUUUUCGGUUUGUGAACAGAAGUUAUGCACGUGGGCUUCAGUGGCUAGACGGAACACCGUAGCUCUUUCACAUUUUUUUAAGCCUGUUCACCAGGUAAACCGUUCUGGUUUAAUUUUCUCUUAGAAAGGAUGGAAAGACUCAACAGGAUUCCAAGCGGAGCGUCGUCUCGCCAGGAGAUGGCCUCGUAAGUAAGCUGGGUGUUACUCACGGGAAUGUGCGCCCACCCUCCAGUAACCUGUAGCCCAGCCGAGCAGUGGCAUGGCCAGGGCUGGCUUGUCGGAGGGACGCUGCCGUUGUCGUCAUUCCCUGGAGAGAAACCACUCCCUCCCUUUGACCCCAUCUUUGCCGGCCUUUUAUGGGAGCAUUUGAUCCCCUCGAGACAUGAGGUCUUAGAUUCUGCACUGAGUCGAGCAUACUCUACAGAUGUACUCUGCCAGUUUGGGGGCCCCCCAGGGCAGGGGGCGGGGGUCACAUGGCACUGGGCCUCUGCCCGGCUUCCUGGCUGGGUGCUGCAGGGGACAGGCAGCUGGGCUGAGAGCCCAGGGUGAGAGCAGGGCGAAGAAGGCGAGGCCCAGCGAGACAAGGCAGCUGCGCGCCAGGGAGGGACCGAGGCCGUUAGGGUGCCUCCUGGAGGACUGGGUAGACCGUGGACUUGGCAGAACAUGCGGGGCUUGGGGAGCUGGAGAGACGCAGGGAGGGGGAGCGUCAGCAGACGCAAGACCUCAAGAGGAGCAGGGGGUUGGGGUCGGAGGCUGAGGGGAAAGAGGCCAGGCGGGCUUGGGGCAGCUGGGCCUGCUGGGAGGGCUCUGCCCCUCCCUGCUGCGAGUCUCCAGGAGGGAGACUGCCUAGCAUUGAGGGAAGCAGGAACAUUUUGGAAAUGUGCAGUGGGCGCUCACAGUAACGUCUGGAGAAGGACACAAAGCAGGAUCUCGGGGGUGUGAUGCUGUCAGCCCUCCCCUCAUUUCUCCACUCGGGAUGCAGAGUCCGGGCAGAGGGAGUCCCCUUGGCUGAGCUGGAGUCCUGAGCCCUCCACUGCGGCUUGAGGUCCAGGAUCCUUUGGUCAGCAGCCGUCCAGAGUUCCAUAAGGAAGGGUGGUGUGCCAGGCAGACGGAAGGCAGAUGACUAAAAAUGCGAGUCCUAUGACCUUGUCUAAAUAUGAUCAGAGUCGGUGAACUCAAAUGGCUUCCAUAGCCUUGGCAACUCAUGAUAAGAGCCUAGGGUGAUUACUGAUGCCAUAAACAAGAGUGUCAAUUGGUUAAGUCAACAACAGGAGUCACUGUGCACUUACUCCUCAUGUAGGAUCUCUGUCCUUAGUGUGCUGUACAUUGAGAUUUAAUGCUAUAACUAGUACUCAAACAGUAUUUUUCAUUUUGUGUUUCUAUGUGGGUGCAAACUGUUGAAAUCUUUACUUAAAAUAUGCUAAGCUGAUCUGUAUAUAAAGAGAAUUGAAAAUGAAUCUUGAUGUGAAUGGAAGGGGAGAGGGAGCAGGAAAGGGGAGGGUUGCGGGUGGGAGGGA